AUCCUGAAUUAUCUCGAAUUUGUUCUGCUUUAUCUAAAUUUCUUGUUGGUAUAUCAUCUUCUUCUAAAGGACAUUUUGAUAAAACCGAACAAAACGCACAAUUACAAACAAAUUAUAAUGCUUUUCUUGAAAAGUUAACUAAUUUAGCACCAGAUGUAAAUGCUGCUGUAAAAAAAGCAUUACAAGAGUCGCAACCUUUAUUUGAAGAUGCUUUAAAAAAAUCAUUAGAAAAUUUAAAUAUAGCAAAAGAUAUUAAAGAUAUUAAAGACGCUGUAGAUAAAAUUGAUAACGAAAAUUUAAAAAAAAUAAUUAAUGAAAAAACACAAUCAAUAGAAACUAAAAUUGAAAACAUUAAUAUUCCAGAAUUACCUAAACCACCUGAUUAA